GUCAAUCCCCGAUGACUACCACUAUAAAGUUCCAACCUUCGUCAAUUAUCAGCAUGUUUCUCCUUUUGCCUCAAAAUUUUCUCGGCAACCAAACAGCUGCGACCCUGAAAGGACCGAGAACGCUGGAUUGCAAAAGCAGACUAUCUAUGUUAGACAUCUCCUAUGUCUUCCGCGUAAGUCCGGUCUGAAACUCAUAUAAAUGUAAGAAUCUCUGAAACCUGCUUUGAUCUCUGUUAGACUGGGUAUUUGUAGAAACCAAAGGAAAAGACAAGAAAUUUUACAUAACAAUAUGUAUUGUUCGAAUUUACCCACAUGGGUCUCCUCAAUACCUUCAAUUUCGGCCCCAUUUUCAUUCUCUGGUCAAUUUUCUCAAAACCCAUUUCCCUUUUUAACCCUCAAUACUUCUCCCUGGAAGAAUGUGUCUCUAUCUUCACGGUAUACCUCAAUUCGCUGUAGUAGUCUCCGUAAACUGCGGGAGCGAAUUGAUUCUAUAACGAAUACGCUGAAGAUCACUGAAGCAAUGAAACUUGUGUCAGCUGCGAAGGUCCGGCGAGCUCAGGAAGCUGUCAUCAAUGGCAGACCAUUCGCUCAGAAGCUGUUUGAAAUGCUGUACUAUAUUAAUGAGCAGUGCCAAUUGGAGGAUGUUGAUGUACCCUUAACAGAAGUUAGGCCUUGCAAGAAUGUAGCUCUUGUUGUUGUAACUGGUGAUAGAGGUCUUUGCGGUGGGUUUAAUAAUUUGGUGAUCAAAAAGGCUGAGGCUCGGAUGGCGGAAUUGAAGGAACUUGGGAUAGAUUAUACUGUUAUUAGUGUAGGCAAGAAGGGGAAUGCUUAUUUUAAGAAUAGACCAAAUAUUCCAGUUGAUAGGUUUAUUGAAGGAAGGAGUUUUCCAACAGCAAAAGAGGCUCAAAUGAUUGCUGAUGAUGUUUUUUCAUUAUUUGUUAGUGAGGAGGUUGAUAAAGUUGAGUUAAUCUAUACUAAGUUUGUGUCAUUGGUUAAGUCCGUUCCAGUGAUUCGUACAUUGCUCCCUUUGUCACCAAAGGGAGUGGUUUGCGAUGUGAAUGGGAAGAGUGUUGAUGCUGCAGAAGAUGAGUUGUUUAGGUUAACAACCAACGAAGGGAAGUUGGCUGUGGAGAGGGACAAGGUGAGGGUGAAGCAGCCGGAGAUUUCACCUCUUUUGGAGUUUGAGCAAGACCCAGCUCAGAUUCUAGAUGCCCUGAUGCCACUCUAUUUAAAUAGUCAGAUAUUGAGGGCAUUGCAGGAGUCACUGGCAAGUGAGCUUGCAGCCAGGAUGAAUGCCAUGAGCAAUGCAACAGAUAAUGCAGUUGACUUGAAGAAGGAGCUCUCAACUGUUUACAACAGGGAACGGCAGUCCAAAAUCACCAGGGAGAUAUUGGAGAUUGUUGCUGGAGCAGAAGCACUAUUGUAGUAUGACAAUUUUGGAUCCUAUUUCAUCAUUACAUGUUCCUUAUCUAUGAGUUUACUGUCUUCCUGCACAACAAUAGCUACUUGAAUAGACUCAAUACAUCAGUUGCUAAUCAUGGGCAAAGAUUAAGUCUUUUUGACAAGAAUGAAAUAAGAAGACGAGAUUCUUAUUGUUUUUUCAGUAGUUAUGUGAUAAAUGGUGCCUGUUUUGAUUUGUUCCAAGAAAAAAGAGCGUCUGUUGUGACUUUGUUAGGUUAGGUUAUGAAAUUGGCUGUUGGAAUUUGAGCUUGACAGGCACCGAAUUUAGAGUAGGAGAAUCAUCACUGAUGAAGCUCUAUGUUAGGUUUUUGAUGGUCAAUAUAGAAAAUUCUCAAGGCAGUAGCAUUGUCUGGUGAAUUUUCAGUCUGAAUAGAAUAGGUAUGGGAAUAUACUGAUAUACCUGAACCCAUUGAAAGAACACCAUUGAUUUAAUGAUUUAAAUCUAAAUCAGUAUUGAGAUUA